AUGUUAGUUAAGGGAUUCAAACCCAAUUCCGGGUCCUACAUCUUACUGUUGAAUUCCAUUUCCUGCCGGGAGUCUAAGGCGAAGGCCAGGGAGUUCCUUGAAGAGAUCAAAGCCAAGGGGUUUGUCCCUGCACCAAAUCGCUAUCAAUUUGAAGUAGGCCACUUCAUAGAAGCGAUGGCUGCAGUAAAGAUAUAUGAUGAUCUGGAGCACAACAUAAGUGAUGAGGACAUGCAAACGGUCUUUAUGGAGUGGCGCACCAACCCUGGUCUCCUCCAUAAUGAGUCGAUGAAGAUGUACACGGCUUUGCUAGAGGAUGACAAUGUAGAGCAGGCUCAGGAGGUGUUCAAGCUCAGCGUUGAGAGGGGCAUACUUCCCACAGUUGUACUCUAUACCUGCGUUACUGAAACCUACUUCAGUUUUGGGAAGAACAAGGAUGCUCUAGAGGCAUACCAGGGGAUGUUAGCUGCUGGUGUCGCCCUAAACUGCUACACUUACACCGUUUUAAUCAAGGGACUCAUUGAUGACCCCAAUUUCAUUGGAGAUGCCAAGAAGUGCUUGCUUGAUAUCAUGGACAGGGAUAUGAGGCCCAAUGCUGCUACCUACACUGUGGUGUUUGUGGGUUUUGUGAAGAAGGAGGACAAGGCAGCUGAGGAGGAGGGAAAAGAGUUGGUGAAGGUGAUGAUACGUAAGGGAAAUGGGCCAAAGGCAAGGGAAAUGAUGCGGGUUUUACAAGACAAUCCAACAACUCUGAUAAGAAGGGUCCUCGACAUUGUCUUUUCCAAGGUGAAGGCUUGA